AUGCGAAGGGCGGCCUCGUCGAGCAGCGUCGCCAGGGCCAAGCGUCCGGCUUCGUCGUCGACGCAUACGGCUCUGGCACCGUCGACAUCCAGACUGCCCAGCGCCGACGUCAAAACCGCCGCUGUCGCACCAUCCCUACCCUUCUCGACCCUAUCAUCCACCCACGUCUUCCCGGCAUGGUCCGCCACCUUGGCCUCGGCGCUCCCCGGCUCUCGCAUGGCCUCCUCGCUCGCCCACUUCUUCGAUCGCAAUGCCCCCAAGACUCAGCCCCAGUCCCUCUUUCAGCACCCGCAGCGCUCGACCGACGCAUACGCCCGCUUCCGCGGAGCCAUCAGCGCUCGCAACGUGUCGGCGAUAGCGUCGGCCUACCAGGAGCUCGUCGACGCCUUUCACGCCCACCGCCGCCACCUCGAGGAUGUCGCCCGGCGUUGGCAGGUCAGGGCGCCCAUCGGGCAUUCCAGCCACGACUUCCGCAUACGCAAGGCCGACCUCGUCACCGCCAUCAGAACCGUCCUCUACGCUCCUCGCAGAAGCACCGGCAUCCGGCGCCUUGGGCAGCACGAGGCGCAGCUCGCCAGGCGCAUCCUCUACGGCAUGCGCGACGUAUUUGGCUUCCCCUUUGGCGCCUCAGACCUCCACCACCUUCUUUGGUCCUAUUGCGACGAGUCGCCCGCCUCAAAGUCGUACGUCGAUCCCGUCGAGGCGUUUCGAAGAAUCCGCGCGCAGCAUCCGACCUGGAAGACCAGCCCCGUCGACUGGAACCUCGUCCUCAAGGCCGUCUGCCGUCGCAAGGACCUCGACCGCGCCGAGCAGCUCGUCCGGAGCAUGGAGGCGGAGUGCAUCGGCCUCUCGGACCAGAACCGCAACACCCUCGCCUCGCUCUACUACUCGCUCGGCAUGACGGACAUGGCCGAAGAACAGCUGAGGCGGAUCGGUGAGCUGGAAGCGAUGCCAGUCCCGUCGCUCGUCGUGGCCCUCAAUGGAAACUGCAUGGCCAUCCGCUCGUGCGACGACGACGGGCAGAGGCAGCAGUAUGUCCAUCUCGCGCAGCGCUACGCCGAGGCGCUACGAGGCAGGCUGCCCCCGCAAGGCCCUGGUGGCCCGGAUCGACUCGCUUGGCUCGCCGUGCUCCGCCACGAGGCCAUGGUCAGUGGGGCCGACGCUGCGGUCGAGACGGUACGGAGCUGGACUGCGCCGGACGCACUCAGCCCAAGGUUUACCGUGGCACUGCUCCAGCUGCACGAACGCGAGCUCGAAGAACUGCAGACGAGCGACGAGGCUCUGGCGCUGCUGCGGCGCAUCGAGACGCUCGAUUCAUCCGGCGCGGCCCGCGCAGACCGUGGCUGCUUUUCGCUCCUCAUCUCAUCGCUCCUCGGCAGGCCGCCCAGAGCCAAGCGAUGGACCAAGCCGUCCCGGUCGGGCGACGAAUGGCAGCCAAGCGAGGCUCUGACCUUGAGGAACCCGCAGGGCAAGCUGCCGCCGAAUCCGAACCAGAUCCGCGAGGCGCAGCUGCUCUACGACCACGUCCUCGCCUCGGGCGUCGCACCGGACUCGACCAUGGUCAUGCCGCUCGUCCUGGCGUACUGCGAUGCCUUCCUCCCUUCGCUACCGUCGGCCAUGAAGCUGAUGGAUGAUGUGCUGCGCCACGUCGCUCCCAGCGGCGGCAGCGACGACGGGCGCAAAGGGAAGGGGGCAGCGACCGAAGCGCCCGAGGCUGCGCUCGAUACAGAGCUCUUCAACGCCCUGCUGCGGGGCUGCGCCAAGGUCAAGGACGUCGGCACGGCGCGCGUGCUGCUGCGCCAGAUGGCGCUCCACGACGUGCGGAUCGACGCAGAGAGCAAGCUGCAGGCGGCACGCGUGCUGAUGCGCUGCAGCUCCUCGUGGAAAGAGGCGUUCGAGAUGUACCGCCGCGUGGCCAAGCUCGGGGGCCGCCCGGACCAGGGCGACGUCGACGAGGACUACAGCGCGCAGGGCUACACGACGCUGCUCGACGACUUCCGCAAGCUGGAACUGCGCUCGGUCGAGGGCGAAGGCGAGGGCGGCGCUGUCGGCGCCGGUGGCAACGCACGAGGGGCGGCCAAGGGCUGCGCGCCGCCCGAGUACGUGCUGGCCAUUGUCAACGAUAUGCGCGAGGCCGGCCACCAUCCGAGCUGCGCCACGUACACGUCUCUGCUCGACUACUAUGCCAAGGCGGUGCCCCCGUCGGCGGCGGGCGUCUACGCGACACACGAGCUGCUCAAGCUCGACGAGCGCGUCGAGCCAGACCUGCCGCUGAUCAAUGCGCUCAUGAACGCCUACAACCGCAUCGGCGAGCCUGGUCCCGUCGUCUCGAUCUGGAACAGCCUCAUGGCCAACCGGCAGGAAGUCGACGGCGCCACGCUCUCGGUCGUCCUGGAUACCGCUGGGCGGUACGGCAUGCUGCGCUUUGCGCGGCAGGCUCUGGCCGCCGUCAAGCGCCUCGAGGCGCAGCGGUGGCUCGACCGCCAGAGGCGCGCUUCCGCUUCGAGCGACGAGCUCGAGGGUGGUGUUGGCGGGGCACCGCUCGCGACGCGAAGGGCGCCGCCACUGCGCCGCCGACCCACGGCGAUCAACAAGGGGGCGUGGGAUGCGUGGAUCGAGUGCCUCUGCCGCUGUGGUCGGCUCGAGGAGGCCGUGGAGCUCGUGUUUGGCAGCAUGCCGAGGCAGUUGGUGCGCGACGCACGCGACGCCGGCAUCGAGCUCGAGCACGCGCCCGACGACGAGCGCGAGCAAGACCUCUCGACGUCGGGUGCCGCUGCAUCCUCUUCGUCGUCACCGGCAUCAUCACCGCAGCUCAGACCGAUCCGGGACGCGUAUGGCCGCAUCGUCGGUCCGGACGACAAGACUCUGCGGGUACUGCUCAAGUUUGCCGCGGCCCAGCGCGAUCGUCAGCGCGCCAAGGUGCAUAGCCGCGCUGCGACGAUCGCAGGCCUGUUCGGCGGCGGUGGUGGCGGUGGCGGUACGGCCGCAGGCGGUUCAGAUCGCACGGGCACCACGGCGGUGGACGACAGGCAAGCGGAAAUGACGGUCGAAGAGGAGAGGAUGGGCGGAUCCGCAUGGCACGAGAUCCGGGCGAGGGUGCGCGAGGAGAUGCCGUGGUUGUGGGACCAGGUCAAGACUGCCGGGCUGCCCGGUGGAUCGUAG